GGGCAUUGUGGGAAGCGGCUGCCGGGCUGAGCGAUCGAGUUGGAUUUAAAGGACCGGCUGGCUGCGCGGAGGGGACGGUCGGAGCAGCGGGCCUGCGAGGGGGCGUACCUGCCUGCUUUGAUGAGCAGGGUAUUCAGAUCUGCAUGCUAUGCAUAGAGAGAGGUUUGGUGGAAGGUGGCCUCCCUCUGAAAGGGACUCUGGACUCUUGUUAACUGCUGGCGCAGCUGCAACUCUCUGGGCGGGCGUGUAGGUGAAGGACUAUGUCCACAAUGGUGUACCCAAGGGAGGAGAAGCUGGACAAGCUGAGCCAGGAGGAGAUCAUCUGCAACACCAAGCUGGUGAUGCAGGGGCUGGAGGCCCUCAAGAAUGAGCACAACUCCAUCCUGCACAGCCUGCUGGAGACCAUCAAGUGUCUGAAGAAGGAUGAGGAGGCCAACCUGGUGCAUGAGAAAUCCAAUCUGCUUCGCAAGUCAGUGGAGAUGAUUGAGCUGGGGCUUGGAGAGGCUCAGGUAAUGAUGGCUCUGUCCAGCCACCUGAAUGCAGUGGAGUCAGAGAAGCAGAAGCUGCGUGCCCAGGUGCGGAGACUGUGCCAGGAGAACCAGUGGCUGCGAGAUGAGCUGGCCAACACCCAGCAGAAGCUGCAGCGCAGUGAGCAGACGGUGGCCCAGCUGGAGGAGGAGAAGAAGCACCUGGAGUUCAUGAACCAGCUGAAGAAAUACGAUGAGGACGUCUCACCAUCGGAGGAGAAGGAAGGGGACUCCACAAAGGACUCCCUGGAUGAUCUAUUCCCGAAUGAAGAAGAGGAACAUGGCCCAGGAAUGCCCCACCAGCACAGCAGUGCAGCGGCAGCCGCCCAGCAGGGUGGCUACGAGAUCCCAGCACGCCUGCGCACCCUCCACAACCUAGUGAUCCAGUACGCCUCGCAGGGGCGCUACGAGGUAGCUGUGCCGCUCUGCAAGCAGGCACUGGAGGACCUGGAGAAGACAUCAGGCCACGACCACCCCGAUGUGGCCACCAUGCUCAACAUCCUGGCGCUGGUGUACAGGGAUCAGAAUAAAUACAAAGAGGCAGCCCAUCUGCUGAACGACGCACUCUCCAUUCGCGAGAAGACGCUGGGGAAAGACCACCCUGCAGUGGCCGCGACCCUCAACAAUCUGGCUGUUCUUUAUGGGAAGAGAGGAAAGUACAAGGAGGCAGAGCCGCUGUGCAAGCGAGCCCUGGAGAUCCGCGAGAAGGUUCUAGGCAAAGACCAUCCAGACGUGGCCAAGCAGCUGAACAACCUGGCGCUGCUGUGCCAGAACCAGGGCAAGUACGAGGAGGUGGAGUACUACUACCGCCGGGCACUGGAGAUCUACGAGAGCCGCCUGGGCCAUGACGACCCCAAUGUGGCCAAGACCAAGAACAACUUGGCCUCCUGCUACCUGAAACAAGGCAAAUACAAGGAUGCUGAGGUGCUGUACAAGGAGAUCCUCACCCGCGCCCAUGUGAAGGAGUUUGGCUCUGUGGAUGAUGAGCACAAGCCGAUCUGGAUGCACGCAGAGGAGAGGGAGGAGAUGAGCAAGUGCUCUUCCUAGGACACACUGGACAGCGGAAGAUGGCAGAAUGACAGCAUGUUUUUGUGCCAGAGACUUAGCUUCCAGCCCCAAAGGGCCUUGAAAGUCCAGCUCACUCCUGGGUUAGCCCAUAAGGCUGAUCAGGAGAAAGGGAACCUGAGAGGAGAGGCAGACAGGACUGGGGAGAGGCUGCAGUCUGCUGCCUCCAUCAUCUCCCCCAGAGAACCUUCUGCUGUGUGCUGCUGGAGCCAGAAUGGGACCUAGAGUUCUCCCCGGCACCCUGGUCCUUCCAGCCCAGCUCUGAUGGAGGGCAACGCAAACCUUGCCGGCAUCUAGAGCCCAGAGAGCACAGGGCCUUGGGAGCCAGGCAGCCUUUCCGGAGCAGUGGGCAGCAGCCCGGGCUCUCUGUCAAAUGGGAAUUGACCCCGGCAGUUGUGAGAGAGAGCCAGGUGCACUCCUGAGAUGGACUGAGCUAAACAGACACACGGAGCAGGUGUCCCUUCUUAUACAGCAGGCAAGACGCAGGAGCCCACAGCACACCUGUCACCACCCCGCCCCCAUGCAAAUGCAGCAGGGAGACCUCUCUCAGGUCUCUCGUCUGUGUGCACAGACCCUGUACCGGGAGCCAGCAGUCAGGCUUGGCAGAGUCAUCAUCUAGGUGGCCAGGCUGGAGUUGGAGGGCUUGAGUAACUAACUGUGAAUGGUGCAGGUGCAUGGCCUCUCUGAGAUCCCACCCUGUGUCUGGAAGCUGUCCCAGCUUCUAUCCUGCACAGCGCAGUCUAGUCUAGAGGUCUCUCUCUUGGCCUCUGUGCACCCCAAGCUGCAAUCUCUUCACCUCCCAGUGUAGUCCCUGUCGGACGCUGAGGGCCCCUUGAGAAGCAGAGCCCCAUGCUGGGCAGGGGAUGCUGCAGGGGGGCAGGACUGCAGAGACUAGCACACAAGCUGUAAAGAAUCAUGGUGGCAGUGCCAUUGCUGCUCUAAGCUAGUUCGCCCCUUGAGUGCUCUAUGCUCCCUGCACCCACUGCUCCACCUAAGCAGGGUGGUGGCCCCUGGUCCAUGCUGCCAAGGGCGUGCUAGGUUGAUACCAGCAUUUAUUAUAAGCCACAGGUCCGCUGGCUGUGCCGAUAGCCUGGGCUAGCCAAGGCCUCUGGGAAAGAGAAGGGAGUGACAUGGCAAUUGUCAAGGCAAGGUUUCUAGCACCUGAUAGCGUUUGUGGGGUCUCCUCCAGUGGGGUGCAAGUUCUGAGCAGUGAGGAGUUAGCUGUGGAGGAGGGAGAGCCUUUUUGGCUCCAGCUGGGUUCUGUCACUGAGGCCUUUUGUGGAUGGCUAAACCAAAUGUAGGGUUUGGAGCUAUUGUUGGAGCUUGUUAAUGUCUCCCAAAAGGAGGACUGGUGCCUACUCUUGACACUGGAGGCUGUGCUGAAUGUCAGCCUCUCUGUAAGCAGCCUUUGGGAGCUGGGUGAUGGAAGAGGUGGUGGUGAGGCAGCCUUGGCAUUGCCUGGAGGUCUGCUGGAACUUUUCCAUCCCUGCCCAUCUGUCCUAGCACUGUGCAGGGCCUCGAGGUGACCCAGCCAUGGAUGAAGGUCAGUUGACUGUGCUGAGCCCGUUAGGUCUGUUAGUUGCCUUUGAUGCCAUUGUCCAUACAGUUCUGUUGACUCCGUUGUGGCCCCUGACUGGGGUGACUGGGCUUGCUCCUGAGGGCUUCUGCAGCUGGCUGCUUUGUCACCUAGGCUGAGGCCACUGCUGGGCAGAGCUCCACAGGGUACUGUUGUGUCCCCCCUCACAUGUGCAGAUGAGGUUCUGGAGGUUGCAGUGCCACCUGCCCAGACGGUGCAGGGUCAGUGCUCUCCCAGGGCUGGCUGGAGGCUUAUUGCUGCUGGUGGUGUUUAAGGGGCAGAUCUCUAGAGAUUGACAGAUGACAUGUGGCCACCUCUUGUCAGUGGAGCUUGCUGCUCGGCUGCUUUCAGGGCAUGUUGCUACGCGGAGGCCUGCCUGCGCUGCUAGCCUUGGAGUGUGGGAUUGCUGAUUGGAGCGGCCCCGUGUCCUGUUGCUUUCCCUGUGCAUCCAGAGCUCCAUGGCCAGGUACACGGUGAGCCCUGGCUCAGAGCUGAGGAGCCUGCCAGGGUAUGUAAGGGGGUCUGGCGAGCCUGCAGCACCCUCCCUGUUUGCGUGUGCCAGGAGGCUCCAGGAAAGGCCCUUCCUUCAGAAAGGCAGCUCCCAUGGCCCCCUGCUCUCCAUGGGCCUUAGUGUUGCUCUGACAGAUGGGAGCAGCUCCCUUACCAGGGGGACUGGGAGGAGAGACUGCAGCUCAGGCUAGUAGACCACUCAGGUCUUUAGUCACCACCAUCCCUGUCUGAGCCUUGAGGGCUCACAUCUGCUUACUCACCUCUGGGUCCUGCUUCCCAGGCCUUGUGCAUGCUCCAUAUGCACACACUCCCAGAGCUGAACUUCUGGCCUGGGGUGUACACAUUUAGCUUCGAGCUAGAGAAAUCUCCAUGUGCCCAUGGGUCUCCUGCUGCCACCUCAGGACAAGACUCUGCCACAAGAAGGUUCCACUGGGGUCCCUGAAACUGCCUUGGCCAAUGCGGGGCAAGGUGGCUUCUUAUGCCUGUACUGCCCCUUCCUGCUUCUAGCCCAGAGCAGCUCUGAGCUCCAGCUGGGAAGGAGUGGCUCCAGCAGCCGGCUUUUCUGGGAGCUGCAUUUGAGUGGUGUGCUCUCUCCUCAGGGGCCAGGACUGGGCCUUCGCUCCCCUGUACAGGGCUGAGAUGCUUUCCAGGCUACUGCUGAGCACAGAGACGGGGGGGGGGGGGAACCUCUAGCGCCUGCUAGUGGAGGUGGCUUCAUGUGUUGGGCAUUCUGUAGUGCAGUGAUGCGGUGCCAGCCGCCCCCAGGGCAUACGUGGCUCCCCCCACAAGCUAGCAGCAGUGGGCUGGGUGUAAGGAGACAGCUGUGUUGUAGCCAGUGGGAGACGUGCAUGCUAGCCUAACCCACAGGUGGUCCCCGUUUCCUUGAGCUGAGCUCUUUUGGUUCUGCGGAGCACUAGCCCAGCCGCUGGGUUGAGGGGUGUUGCUCCCAUUCCCUCUCACGCCUGGAGGCCCUCCCUGCUAUACCUGGUUGCCUGUCUGUUUUAUCCCAUUAAAAAGCAUCAUACCCAUUUUGGCAGAGCUUCACUUUCUUUCUCUUUACUUACCGUUUCACACCAUCACGAUGGGGCUGUGUGCCUGGGUGGGUGGAUUUAUUAGUGGGGGUACAUGCCGGGAUUGGGCAGGGCCAAGACAGGAGCUGUGCCCCCCAGGGAGGGAGGGUGUUGGGCAUGGCAGUGGCAGCUGGAAUUCUCCUGUGCUUGCUGUUUGGGAAAUGCCCAGUGGUAGGAAUAGCCUCACUCUCCCUGUGAUGUGGGGGCUGGGAGGGAGCUCUGUGGUGAUGCCAGCCCAGGGUGCUGCAGCAGAUAUCCUGGCAAGAGAAUCCGUGGGUGUUUAAAGGCAGGGCUGGGAGAUAUACAGAGUCUGGGUUCCAGCCCUUGUCUCACGCUGCAUGAGCGUGCUGUAACUGGGAUGCUGCCAGCGCCCGGACUCCAGCCCAGUCCCAGGCAUCUACGCUGCAAUUUCAUAGUCCCUCAGCCUGAGUCAGCUGACACUGGCCAGCCCCAGGUUUUUUUAUUGUAUGACAUGCCUCAGGAGGCGGCAGGUAGACCAGUCCAGGCAGUCAAUUGCUGGGGUAAAGCCUCCAAGCAAACAGUCUGUGUUUCAGUACAGCCAUGUUUAAGUGUAUACAUCUAGGAACAAAGAAUGUAGACCAUGCUUACGGGAUGAGAGACUCUACCCUGGCAAGUAGUGACUGAAAAAGAUGUGAGGGUUGUGGUGGAUGAUGGCUGAACAUCAGCUCCCACUGUGUCACUGUGGCCAAAAGGCCUAAUGCGAUCCUGGAGUGCAUGAAUGGGAAUCUCGAGUAGGAGAAGAGAGGUUAUUUUACCUCUCUGUUUGCCACUGGCAUCAGUGCUGCUGGAGUCUGUCCAGUUCUGGUGCCCACAGUUCAAGAAGGCUGUUGAUACAUUGGAGAGGGGUCAGAGAAGAGC